AUGGUGAUAUGUCAGGCUGAUUCUCUAACUGAAGAGCAAGUCUCUGAGUUCAAGGAAGCAUUUUCCCUCUUCGACAAAGAUGGCGAUGGACAAAUCACUACCAAGGAGCUGGGUACCGUCAUGCGAUCGCUUGGCCAGAACCCCUCAGAGUCUGAGCUGCAGGACAUGAUCAACGAGGUCGACGCCGACAACAACGGCACCAUUGAUUUCCCAGAGUUUCUCACCAUGAUGGCACGAAAGAUGAAGGACACAGAUUCCGAAGAGGAGAUCAGAGAAGCGUUCAAGGUCUUCGAUCGCGACAACAACGGAUUCAUUUCUGCUGCUGAGCUUCGUCAUGUCAUGACAUCCAUUGGUGAGAAGUUGACAGAUGAUGAAGUGGAUGAGAUGAUCAGAGAGGCUGAUCAAGAUGGUGAUGGACGAAUUGACUACAACGAGUUCGUUCAACUUAUGAUGCAGAAGUGA